CUAUAAGGACAAAUAUGUCUGGAAGACUGUGGUCCAAGGCCAUUUUUGCCGGUUAUAAACGGGGUCUCUGGAACCAGAGGGAGCACACAGCUCUUCUUAAAACUGAAGGUGUUUAUGCUCGACAUCAAACUAAAUUUUAUCUGGGCAAGAGAUGUACUUAUGUAUACAAAGCAAAGAACAACACAGUGACUCCUGGUGGCAAACCAAACAAAACCAGAGUAAUCUGGGGAAAGGUAACUUGUGCUCAUGGAAAUAGUGGCAUGGUUCGUGCUAAAUUCCGAAGCAACUUUCCCGCUAUGGCCUUUGGACACAGAAUCCGUGUACUGCUGUAA